AUGGCGGCUUCAUCGAUUCUAGGCCCGUGGGUUCGUUUGGAAGGCAUCUCGAUAUCUCAACUACCGCCAGGCGGGAAAGGAACCAAACCUACCAAUGCACCCCCUUCGAACGAGAAAUUCACUGAUGGGUCCGGAUCUGCCACACCUCCGAAUGUCAAGUCUUUCGUCACAAGCGUACUUUCCGAAUCCAUUCCCUUCAUCGAUGGCGUUGCCCCAAAAGCUGGUGGAGCCGCGACAUGGAAAGGCAAAGGAUCGCCAAAGAGGUAUGCUUCAUCGGAAGCGCCUGUGCAUCUUUACGAGCGCGUAGUUCCUGGAAGGGAUUUGGACAAGAUAGAAGGGAUGAGUCAAUUUUCCGCAGAUAGAAAGAACGAGACGUGGUUCUGCAGGAGGUCCAGUCAUAGGAAUAAGGCGGAGCAGGGAACGGCGAGUUGGGAGGAGUUCAUACACAGUUUCAAGGAUCACCACGCAGAGACGGAAGACGCCUUUACACCUACAGUGAUUGGUGGCAGGGAAGCUAUAAGGUGGGAUACAAGUGGCCUGGAAGUUAUCAUCUACGGUGGUCGAUGGAACAACAUUACAGUAGCUGUUGUUGAGAUGACACAUAAGAUUGAUCCGAAACCACUGCAAAACCGCACGUUUCCGGUUGUCCAAGUCGCGGCUUCUUUAGAAGGAACCUCGGAAUUUAUGGUCAUUUCAAUACCUCUGAGCGAUUUCGAAAAGUCACCCUUUGCAGACUUUGCGCGGAACAAGAGCUUGGUUGUAGCAGCAUAUGUAUCGAUCGAACGUAUUCGGGUCCUUCCAAGCAACAGCGACGUGGAGUGGAUUAUGGCUACAGCCUCUGACGCAAAGGGCGUCCUUCCUCAAUGGAUGCAAAAUCUCGCUGUUCCCACUGCCGUCGCCAAAGAUGUCGACAUGUUCUUGGCGUGGAUUGCCAGCCAGAGGAAUAGCGCCAAUGGCAAGCCAGCUCCGAUAUCCAAAAAUGCCCCGCCGAGUUCGAAUGAGGAAGCACCUCCUCCAAUUUCAAAGACCGACGACAAAACGGCUUUCAGACAAGCGGACUCGAACAAGGAUUUGCCCGUGGCGCCUGUGCAAUGA